GGGAGCCAAGAUGAGCGCUUCUUCUAGGGUGUCCAUCCCAAAUAGCGUCCGGAGGACGAUUCAGAACAUCAAGGAGAUCGCCGGGAGCCACAGCGACGAGGAGAUAUAUGCAAUGCUCAAGGAGUGUUCGAUGGAUCCCAAUGAGACCGCACAUAAGCUCCUCCUCCAAGAUCCAUUUCAUGAGGUCAAGAGGAAGCGCAGCAGGAAAAAGGAGAACAGGGAGCCUUCUGAUUCUAGGUGGAGGCCAGGGUUGCAAGGGCAAGGGGGUAGGGGUGGUAGGGGAAAUUAUUCUCACUAUAUUGCUCAUGAUGUUGGAGGUGGAAAUAAUGUUGGUGUUGGAAAGGAAAAUGGUGUCAUUCAAGGCACAGAUAAGAGCAUCACAUCUUCAUCUUCACCUACCACUCAUGACACAGAAAAUAAGUCUGCUACCACUAUAUCAAGCUCUGUAGCUGGCCUGGAUGAUGGUUCCACCAGGAUGGAACACCUGAUUUUGGGACAGGGAGCUACAUGCCAAAAUUCUGGUGUCAGUGUUAACACCUCAGUAGAGGAACGUUCUACCACUGAAAUAAAUAAGAUGGUGACACUGCCACCUGGCGACAUAAAAAGUGUUUCUGCAUUUGGCCAGUCUAUACCUAAUUCUGAUCAGUUUUUAUCAUCUAGAACAACAUCAACUGUAUCAAGAGUAUAUGCAUCAGCCUCAGGCCCUGUGCUGGUGCCAUCUCAUGAUGCACGCAUUCCAGGUGUUAUUGGUGCCAUCGGAUGUGAAGUUGGGAGUCAACCAACACCUGGGGAGACAAACAUCAACAGAGAUGCAUCUCGUGAUGUUGCUAGUUCUGAGUUGUCAUCUAUAAAUGGAAAGAAUUCUUCAGAAUUGGGCAAUUCUCACGAACAAGGAAGGACGCAAAGCAAAUCUAAUGGACCUGACGUGAUCCAAAUUUCAUCACAAGAUGGAUCUUCCUCUUCUACCACUGUCUCUGUGAGCAGUAGGCCAUCUUCUAAUUACAGCAGCAGAUCACAGCCACUAAGUGGUCCUCAGAAAGUUGGUCCUGCUAAGGAGUGGAAACCGAAACCAACAAGCGUGAAUUCUGCUCAGGCCUCUGGUGUAUGGAGCACUUCUGAAGUUCAACCCAUCUCUGCAGGAACCAUUGCUCCUUCAUCAAGUUCUAUCUCUUGCAAGAACACUAUUUCGAAGCUGCAGAACAAGCUAGACGAGCUGCAGAACAAGCUAGACGAGCUGCAGUUUUCAGAAACACAUGUUAUCAUUCCAAAUCAUCUUCAGGUUCCAGAAUCUCAAAUCACUGGUCUGAGCUUUGGAAGUUUUGAUGCUAAUUUUGGGCUGACCAUGAGGUUUGCAAAUGAUCCUGAUAGUGACAAGAACUUGAUGCUGUUGCCUGAGUCAUCUCAGGGGGUUACAGAAAAUGUUGAAGAGCCUUCUCCAAUCUUUCACAAUGUGUCUACUACUCAAGAAGCAGAUUAUCCAGAUCAUCCCGCAGCCACCAGCACAGAUUGCAGAAAAUACAUCAACCAAGGAGCCAGAAAUUUCCUCCAACAUCCUUGCAGCACCAGAAAAUGA